AUGGCUACCACAAGCACUAACACGACCACGACCACGCCCCCUCCACCGACCACCGCCCACUGGCAGAGGGCCAAAGCGAAUGCAAAGAGGAGGAGCGGCUGCGAAACAUCACCUAGCUGCAGGAUCACUAGGUGGCAAAGUGGCGAUUUAAGGAGCUAUGGCUAUGGAAAUGGAAAUGGAAAUGAAAAUGGAAGUGGAUCAGCGUUGGGCAGUCAUUGGAGAUGGAGAUGGAAGGGCAAUGGAGAUGCAGAUGGAAAUGGAAACCCGAACUGGAAUUGGAAUUGGUGCUGCAGCGGGAGAUGGAAGUGGUUGUGGAAACGGAAGCCAAACUGGCAAGCCGACGACGACGACGACGACGAGGAUGCAUUGAUUUCGAUUUGAGCUUAGUUUAGUUAAUGUUUUACGGCCCUAGCAUCUAAAAUGAGUACUGCAGAGUCACGGUUGCCACUUGACAAAAAAAAACAAAAACAAAAAAACCGUAUUGAGAUAAAGGAAAAUUGAACGUUUUUCGUACCAAACUUUACAUUUUUAUAAGUUAAAUAAAAGAAUAUUUUAAUUAUUUUUUGUUAACAUAAAUGUAGAUUUAAACUAUAAUAUCACAGACUUGUUUGGUGGCAACCGUGUCUAGGUGAUCCACAGCAUCCUCCCUCCCCCCCCACAAACACACACACACUCAUAAACACACACACACACACACACUAGAAAAACGAAAAACAACUUAGCUGAAGUCGCGAUAAAUUCAAAUUGUAUGCGAAAACUGAAGCAAAACGAAAGAGAUGAAAGAUAAUUGAGAUCGAACAGAGCGUUUGGAAGUUGUAGUGGUAGAGUAAGCUGAUUUCAACGGAAUUUUCGGUAGACAUAUCAUCCAUGUUUGUUAUACGUUUAGAAGAAACAACAAAAAAAAAAAAAAAACGGAAAGAAUAAAUAAGGAUGAGGAGGAUAAUAGAGUUCAUUGUUUCAACGAAUAUAUAUAAAUGUCAAUUUUCGGCCCACAAGGCAAGAAAGUAAGCCCUUUGGCCUAGCAUAAAUUAUACAACUAUAUACAUUAUCUAUAUACAUAUGCAUACACAUAUAGACCUAUUCAUAGCAUAUAUAUAUGUACCAAAAAAUAGGGAGAAUCGACGACAGUGUGUCAGCCCGCCAUUGGUUAUGUAGAGCGUUUGUUAAUCGGCCAAUCAGUGCAUCAAUCAGAUGAUAAUCAAUCAUAUAGCGUACAGUGUUAUUCGCCUGAAGGGAAUGAGAAUUUAGAGAAUGUUACAAGCCAAGCAAAAUUGUUAAUCGUGUGUCUCGGUGUGUGUUCAAUCGUUCAAUCGUUCAAAUCGUUGCAUAAAUGUUGCCUAGAAUACAUUACAUUACUUAGAAGAAGCCACUCAGAUCAUAUAAGGAAGCAUCUUGAGGAAGAGAACUAAUCGCUUUACUCACGUAGGCCCCAUCUACCAUUUAUCCGAUCCCAAUCCUGAUUCCGAUCCAGAUCCAGAUCCAGAUCCCAGAUUACCCAGUUCUCCUCGUUUAAAGUCGGUUUUUGUAUAUAUUUCCAGCAAGCAGAAUGCAGAAUGCAAAAUGCAGCCAGCAGCGCAUAUAAUUAAAUGUAAUUCUUUUUUUUUUCGAUAAUCAUAUCUUAAAGCUUGAUAUACGAGUUGUAUUUAUUAGGCAAAAGGUUUGUGUGGUCGGCUAUCGAUGGAGGUCAGUUAAUUGUUAAAGAAAAAUGCUUAAUUUAUCGUAAUCGAUUACCCUUUUCUUUUAUAUUUAAUACUUGCGUGUACUUCUCUUAAUUACUAUGAUUUUUUUUUUUUUAAUACACCUAAACCACUUUUUGUGUUUACUGUAUAUGUACAUUAGUAGUUAAAGGCGAAAGCGAAGGCGAAGACCUUUCGGCCACCAACAUAUAAUAAAAACUGCGCCAGAUGGAGCGAGAAGUGUGUUUUAA